GAUUUUUUUUCUCUUCCCAAAACUCCCAUCUUUCUACUUUUCCCUUCUUCGUUUACACAUCUCCAGCUAUCACACACUCUCCGACUGGAAGGAAGACAGCCAUGUCGUCUCUAAAGUUUUCAGUACAGCACAAAGAGCACCGGGAGCGUGCUCAACCAGCUAAUCGCAAAAAAUGGGGUCUCUUGGAAAAGCACAAGGACUACGUCCUUCGUGCAAAAGACUACCAUUCAAAAGAGCAGCGUUUGAAGAUACUUCGCGAAAAGGCACAAACCAGAAACCCAGAUGAGUUCUAUUUUGGAAUGUACUCUUCCAAGACGUCUUCCGCCUCUGCGUCUCGUGGCAUGCGGGAAAAAGAGCGCGAAUCCUCGAUCGCGCUGACGACUGAGCAAAUGAAGCUGCUGCGAACUCAAGACGCUGGCUAUCUCAAUACUUUGCUCAUGCAGGAACAGAGUGCUAUCGACAAGCUUACCGCUAAACUGGCAUUUACUCGGGGCGCGUGGAAGGGCAAACAGUCAGAGACGCAGAAGGAAGAGGAAGCAGGAUCAGACUACGACUACAGUGAUGAGGACGAAGACGAAGAUCCUAGCCUAAAAGCUCAGAAGACUCGGAUGGAUAAAAGAAAAAGCGGUUCCUCAUCUUCCAAACAAUACACAGUAUUUACCGAAUCCCUCGAUGAUCCAGAAGCAAAUCGAAAUUUCUCGCCAAUAUACAAAAAGGAACUCACAAAAGAGCAACAAGAACUACUCUCCAAGCUUGAGCAACACAAGGAACGAAAGGCGCAGAUAUCAGAGGUUUUGAAAGAAGCUCAACUACAGAAAGAAUUACUGGGGAAAGGACCCCGAAGGAAGGUAGUGAAGCCGGAUGGGAAAGCUGUUUGGAAAUGGACUACUCAGCGCAAGCGAUAGCGGCUGGGAUUUAACGAACGGGUUUCCGGUUGGUAUGCAAUAUCACAUUAAAUGAAAGAAAGAUAUAACAAACAAGUAA